UAUAUUGCGGAGCCUAUUUGAUGAAUCGUUAUCCAUAAACAAUAUACGUAAAAUGAUAACGAUUCGACAACUAGGUCAAUAUGUUCAUAUAUGUGACACUCAAAUUAAUAACCAGUUCAUUUCAUACAGGAUUGAACAACUCACAAAAACAUGCGGAAUAAGAGCCUAAUCGUUAGUAUUGUGCUGAUGCAAGUUUAUGUCGCGAAAGAAGCGUACUGUAUUACUGUUCAAACGCCCGUAGGAGUUAUUUCCGGUCUACAGGAGACGCUAAAAAUUGAUGGACGCCAGUACCGGAUGUCAAAAUUCCUCAGUAUUCCAUACGCAGAGUCAACAGCAGGUGAAAAUCGCUUCAUGAAGCCGAUCCCAAAGGCGCCAUUUUCGAGCACGUUCGAUGCUACUCAGCUGCCCAUGGCGUGCCAUCCAUCAUAUUAUGAGGCUGAAGAAAGGUUAGACAAAUAUGUUAACUUUACGGAAGAUUGCUUAACACUCAAUGUGUUCGUGCCUCAUACUUUCGAGAAGAACGUGUCACUUCCGGUUAUGGUUUGGAUCUACGGAGGCGCAUUCAUAGAGGGUGCCAGUGUGAUAUAUCCCGCAGAGGGCAUUAGUACCAUUGGUGACGUCAUUGUGGUCACAUUAAACUAUAGACUUGGAAUGUUUGGAUUCAUUCAGAGCGCCGACGGGAAACUUCCUGGUAACCAGGGUCUUUGGGAUCAGCACCUAGGGAUCAAAUGGGUUCACGAUAACAUAAAAGCGUUCACCGGCAACCCCAAUGACGUCACGAUAUUUGGAGAGUCGGCAGGUGGCGCAUCUGUUGUGUACCAGGCCUUAUAUCCGGGUAACCAAGGCUUCUUCCAGCGUAUGAUUGCUCAGAGUGGCUCCGCUUUGGCCUACUGGACAAUUCGUGAUUUACCGAAUGCGGUGGAUUUAAUUGCUAAGAAGGGUUGCGACCAGGCUCCGGACCCAAUAAACUGUCUCCGCGCGCUCACCCCCAGGCAACUUCAAGACAACGACACUUUACCCUGGGCACCAUUUUUGGACAAGGAUUUUGUGAUCGCUUCGCCUUCAGAGAUUGUUUAUGGAAAUGACUCAGCAACUUCCAGCGCCCGCAAUUUAUUUGCAUCGUUAGACUUCAUGACGGGUGUAAAUAAUUUUGACGGCGCUCUGUAUCUCGUAGUAGUUUGGCCGAACAUCAUUCAUUACUCAGAUAUGAACACGUUUAAUUUAACACGAGAGGAGUUUAUUGACCUCGCAAUUCCAAAAGUGAUCAAUGACGUCAUCAAACCGAAGAACAAUCGAACUGAAGCAAUUGUUGCUGAGGUACUGGAUAUACAAUACACGGACUGGCAGCGUCCGAAUGACAGCGCCACCCUGCGGUUCAGUCUCACAAACAUGUCCAGUGACGCGGUUUUCUUCUUUCCGGCCGUGUCCACAGCGAAAGGGCACGCGGCGCUCCGGAAGGGGAAGACGUAUUUGUACGAACUGAGCGCUGUCCCCACUACGCACGGAAUACCGACACCCAACUGGAUACAAGGUUCUAACCAUGCUGACGACAUUCAGUACGUUUUCGGAUAUCCGUUGUACGCCGGACCUCAAAGUACCGGAAACUACACUGAGGAGGAGCGGCGCCUAGCGAGGGGCAUGGUGACCAUGUGGACGAACUUCGCAAAGUCCGGCAACCCAAACAAACCGGAUGAUGCCGGCAAGUUUACAAACGCCACCUGGGCUGAGUUUGACCUUGACUUCCAGACCUUCCUGCAGUUCACCAAUCAGGGAGCACUUCCGGGAUCUCGAUUUCAUGCGCGCCGGAUGCAGCUAUGGUCGGACCUCCUACCCACUUCAAAGGAAUGUCAUGACUAGUUCAGCUUCUGCUUGACACUUGCUUGCGGGUUAAAAAAAAUUACAUAGUUUUGUCCAAGAUAACAAACAAAACUCGAUAAAUUUCAGCAACAAUUUAUUGGUAUUAGACUUAGCCUCCUUAAAGGCCGUUAUCUCAGACACGUCAUUUAUAAAAAGUUAAGAAGUCCAAUACUCCUAGUUAAAUGUAAUUCUACGCGUGUACUAAUGCCGUCAAUAUCAUAUCAUCAUAGUUUGAGGUUUUUAACUGGCAGUAUAAAGUAUUUGGGAUUUUAAACUGUAAAUUAAAAGAAUUUGCGGUGUAAACAAGCUGAAAGCCAUGAGCGAUAUUAAUUACUCUUAACCUCAUAAUUAAUGUUUACAGAUUCCUUGUAAUAAUGAGACAAUUGUGAUUGGCGAAAUGUACACAUAAUGCCAUCGUUAGUACCUUGUGAAUAUUUCCUUUUAACAUACACGAUCAUCAAACUUUCGGCCUGUUCGUUCCGAUGGGAACGAUACUCGGUGGAUAAAACACUUUAAAUUAACGGAUGAACACAAGUAACAUGCUCUUUCAAGAAAUAAAACUAACAAUCGUCGAUGCACAUUUUUGAGUGAAGUAUGCUACGGUUUUAACGUGUUUCCAAAUAUCCAUGAUAUGUUUAACACUGAUUGACAAAUACGUGGGGAACAACACGACAAUUUACCGACACUAAGAAUUAGACCAUACAAGUAUGACUUCUUUCCUCUCCAAACAUUUGCAUAAUUAUUUAUUUGUAUGUUAAACGUGAUGCUCAAUGACAAAAUACCAAGUCGGAAGAAUAAAAAUAAAUAACAUU